AUGGAGAUCCUGUUUAUGUCAAUAAUCGUGGCCAGCUUGGCUUGGCUCAUCAGCACCGAGCAAGGAGGAGUUGGGCAGUUCAGUAGUUUAGUCGGACUUCAAGAAAAAGGGGUAUCUGGAAAACAACGACCAUUGGGAAAUGAAACUCUAACCGAACUAGGACCUAACCAAAACGACACGAUGGCCGAACCUGGAAUAGAAGAUACGGAAAUUAUCGAGUUGAGAGCUAUGCGCGACCGAGAGGCAAGUAUUCCCUGUGGCAAUAAGAAACCCGUUUUAGAUGGUCCGUCAACAUACGUCAAGUGGCUGAAAAACGAUAAAGAGAUCAAAUAUAUAUACCCUAACCAAGACAACGAAGACAAUUGGCCGAACCCAGAAAAUAUUUAUGAGACCUCAUGCGACCCUGGUUUAUGCAGGGACCCGACGAACUUAAUCAUUAAGAAAGUAUCCAAUCAGGAUGAGGGCCUUUACCGGUGCCGUAUAUACUCCGAGUCGAAGCUAAUUGAUCACAUAAUUCAGUUGCGAGUUGUCGAUGCCCCGGAUACGCCUACUAUAUACGUGAAUGGCGAGGAAUUUCGCAGAAUUACCGUAGGCCCAGUAAACAUCGGCAGCGACAUGAACAUAACCUGCGAUGUGGAGAGGAGAAAUACUGAGACUGAAAUCUAUUGGCGACGUGAUGGCGCUGUAACAGAUUCCACUAUAUUCACAACUUAUAACCGGGUUCAGGCUGAGUUGGUCUUAGAAAACUUAACCAGACAGGAUGAUAAGAUGCACUUGGAGUGCUUAGUCCAGACAGCUGAUGUGUCGGAGGCCAUAGUGCGACCGCUAGUCAUACGAAUGAUAUUGCCCCCCGUGAGCAUUAAUAUUCUAUUGAAUGGAAACAACAAGUUUGCGGUGGGAGUGCCUCGCCAGGUGGAGUGCUUGGUAUCGGGCAGCUUCCCAGCCCCUAUAGUGGGCUGGUUCUUAGGAGACUCGUUGCUAACACCAACCGAUUUUAAGGUAUUCGACGAGAAUAUGAUGUCCUCCAUUCUCACCUUGACAGCAGCUCUUGAUGAUAACGGAAAAGUUCUGACCUGCCGCGCUCACAACAUGCUGAUACCUUCCGAAAUGUAUGAGAACAAAGUGAAUAUUACAGUAGGCUUCGCCCCGGAAUGUGCUACGAAAAGAGUUGUUACCGUCGGGAUAAUAAAAGAAGAAGUGGAGACCGUAACGUGUACCGUAAGGGCAGUUCCCGAACCGUUCCAGUUCGUGUGGACCUACAGCGACUUGCGUACUGUCACCACUGAAGGCACCGCCCUAUCCAAACACAAGUUUGCAUCAAACCUAACAUGGGUUCCUAGUGAUAGUGACUUCGGGGUACUUGAAUGCAGAGCAAUAAAUUUAUUUGGGAUCCAGAAAAACCCCUGUCUGUUCCAUAUUAUUCCUGGUGGCCCCCCCGAAGUACCGAACUGCGAAAUAUCUCGCUCUGUGGCCAGCCAACUAGAAGUUAACUGUAAAUUAGAGGAAAGUGAGAAAAAAGAUACACCCGAUCCUGGAUGGAUGGUUUACGUCGAGUUUAUCGGAGGCAUGAUAUUUAUUACUGUGGCAGUCAGUAUUAUAGGGCUGGGGACCCAAAUAUGUUUCGUAAAACGGGACGAAGACUCUGAACCAGUCGUGGAACCCGAACAAAACGAGUGUUUCCACCGUGAACCAGAUAUAGAAAUGGAAAACUUAUCCGUCGUGCUAUUGGAUACCCCGGUUUGCUCGCCUGUGGUGCAGACCAGUCGCAUUUUUGUAGGCGGCCCUAGCACCCCAGCAGAAGAAGAAGAGUAUGUCAAGGAUCAGGAUGUCGACAGCCAGCAAAUAUUUAUCGUCUAAAGAAGCAUUUAAGACCAUACAAAUGCCCCUGACACUCCAAGCACAAUAGAUACCUAACAGAGCUUCGCACGCAAUGUGCAAAACACAAAAUAAUAUUUAAGUAUUUAGAAGUUAUUAUAUCGCCCGUGCAGCUGAUACAUGAUAAACUGUACCUACUAAUGUAAAAUAAUUAAGAAUACACUAGCUUCCGCCCGCGACUCUGUCCGCGCGGAUGUCGGUCUUC